ACAACAACAUUAUAAUUUAUAUCAAAGAGCCCCUAAAUAAUCUGGAAAACGGCAUCGUCUCAGUGUCCGGCGUCACAGUUACACGGUUCCAUUUCAGUUUAUCCCUGUUUUUUGAAAAGAAUUUCAAUUCCAGGAAACAGAGCAACCAUGGAAGAGUUAAGGAAGCUAGAAGAGGUUCAAAGGAUGUUAACGUUCAUGCAGUCUCACGGGAUCGUUUCUUCUUCUAAUAACGAUUCUAACCGUUUCCUCGCUAAUCUAAUUCUCCUCUUGAUAAAUCCAUGCGGCGAUCUCGACUUGAACGAUAAGUGCAGUUUAACUCUUGAACACUUGCCCAAGAUUUCAACUUCUUUUCUCGACGAGGCCUCGCUUUUGUUUAAUCGAAAAGCUCCUGUGCAAAUGGAAGGCUAUCACGAAAGUUAUGCUGCAAAUAUUUCAUCACCUGUUAGUGAUAGAAAAGACAAUAAAUUGAGGCAAAAGAAUUUUGAAGAUAUAGCUGCUGUUGUCUUGGAUGCGAUGCAACGGGCAAAUUCUACCCUUGAGGAUUUUUGCAGGUCUUAUUUUAUGUUUCAUGGAAUGGACAUAAACUCACCACAAUCAGUAUUCAAAUAUUUACCUGUGCUCUCGUUCACAGAAGGUUACAUUUAUCAGAUGGAUAGUUUGAAUGAAAAGAUAGUGAAUUUGGCAACCAACAAAGUUGUUCUGGAACGAGUACAUGAGAUGCAAGAAGGAAAUGAAAACUGCAUGGCUAAGUAUAUGGAUGUUUUCAAAACUGAUCCAUUCAGGCCACUUGUGCAUCGACUUGAAUGUCAUGGCCUUCUGACAGAUAGGAUUAUGGAAGAAUUCAAAUGUGGUGAAGAGUAUUGGGCUUUGGAAAGAAAGCUUUGUUCUGCACUCGCAAACCAAAAGGAGGUCUCUGUUGAAGAUGUAAUGAAGGCUAUACAUUUGAAGUCCUUUGAUUAUCGAGUACUGAAUCUUCUUCUGUACCAGUUGAGAAGAGAAAAGGUGAAUGACUUGCAUAUGGAAUUUCUGUCCAUCUCAGAAUUUCUAGUGGAAGUAUCUGAUGACCUGUUUGACUAUGAGGAUGACGUGCUGGAGAAUAAUUUUAAUAUUUUGCGCAUGUUUGUCAGAAUAUAUGGAGCUUCAAAAGCCCCAGUUCGGUUGGCAAAGUGCAUCGCCGAGGCUGAAGAGAAGUAUGAUUCUUUGCUGAAAACUUUGGAGCCCCAACUGUCCUCGAGUUACCAGAGGCGAUGCGAGGAAGCCACUAAAGAAGGUGGGAAGAUAUCUGGACAUCCUCUUGGAACAUGGAAUAUACCACCUCUGAUUCUGGACGAAGAAUUACACCGAUUGAAAUGUUUAAAUUCUGGAUGAAUAUUUGAUUAGCUUUGAAUGCGGAACAGGUACGGGAUUCCAUUUAGAGCCGUCGAUGUUUGAUAGUUGACCUGUUUCUAUAUUUUGUUUCUUUCACUUCAUUUCAAUCAAAAGCUUGUAGAACUCAAUUUGUUCGAUAAAAGUUGAAAACAACCAAGUGGAAUCGGAUAUAUAAAAUUUUUUUAUCGUGAACCUUAAUUCCAAACUAAUUGGAAUCGGUUUUAUUAAUUAUUUA